AUGUCUCGAUCAACUGCCAUUUGCCCGAUUUGUGGCACCGCCUACUAUCAUGAAAACAGCCACGCACGGGACACUAGCAUGAGCUUGAUCACCCCCACGCAGAGAAGCAGCUCCAUGGAGAAUCGCAACACAGCUCUCGCAGAACCACCCAUCACGCCCAGUUCACUGCUACAGUCAUACAGCCCCGACCUGUGCCUCGAGUGCGCACGCUACUGCGCCCGGACACUAACGAGAGACUACAAACGAUUAAAAGAAAAGCUGUUCGCGGAAGAAGAGUCUUAUAGGCAGGCACAAAAGAACAACCGGAGCCCGCCGUCGUCGUCGAUCAAGGGUGGCAACGGCACGCACGCGUCACGUAACAAAGACGCGCGGUCGCACCAAAAGAAACUGGAAAAGCGCUGCAAGCAGUUGAGGACGCUGCUCUGUCUGAUCCGGAAGACGAAAUGCAGAGUCGCCAACGCGGAUCUGGCGGAGGAGAGGCGCAGAGAGGAGUUGGCCAAGAUUGUGGAGGAGGCGAAUGGCUUGAUCGAUGGCUUGAUUGAUGGGGAUAUGAUGGGCGCGGAGGAGGCUGGGAAGCUGAGGAUGGAGUUGAAGAGGCUGUAUGCAGAGGCUGUUGGGGCUACCGAGGAUCUGAACGUCGAUCAGGAAGCGAAGAGAGCAAAGGACGGUGCCAAGUCCACAGCCAGGAAAGUGUCGUUCGCGCCUGGUCUGUUUGACGAGCUGGAUCCAGUCGUAGCGGAGCCGAGAGGACGGAGAGGCAACGGGUACUUCCGCCGAAUUAGUCCUGAGUACCAGCCGGGGGUUUAUGCAAGAAAAGCAUACUACGACACGUCUGGGUUUUUGCAGGAUCCAGAUGAGUAUGGGAAGGGGGUACAGACGGAGUAUCCCAAGUAUCAGCCAGUCCGCACGCUCAAUUGGAUUGCUGAACCCUCGACUUACGCCACACCGAUGGUCAUCCUGACGGACGAGCUGGGCAAUAGCCGUACGCUCGUGCGAGCAACAUUGCCGAGCAGCAGGUCGGUUCCUUUCACGGCGGUGAUGGACCCCAAAAUCCAUGUUGUACGCCUCGUAUCCUCGCGGCUUAUCCAGCAAAAAGUAGAUGACUUUCUGAACCGCCCAAAACCGAAGAAAAAGUGGAGAAUGGAGCUUCACCACAGCCACUUUCUCGACGAUUUCGGAAUGGAGCGAGAACUAUCCUGGAUACACGACGAGUUGUGGAUCAAAACCUCGUAUACAAAAAGAAAAGGCGGAGAGAAGAUCACCAAGGACAUCCACUCAGAGCCAUGGCACGAGUCUGUGAGAUACGCGAAGAGGCAGGAGGCAUUCAGAGUGAUUUGCGGAUGGGCAAAGAAGGGGAAGACAGAAAGGACUGGCUCCUUCGAAGGAACGCAAAGGACACUAGUGCGCCGUUAG